AUGUUUUUUUUACUCGCGUUGUCCAUAUUCCCGCUGGCUCUGGCUAAUUCUCCAGUUGUGAAUUUAAGCUACGCCAAAUAUCAGGGUCGUUCGAACUCGGGAAUCUCGCAAUGGCUUGGGAUGCGCUACGCUGCUGCACCCGUGGGCGAUUUGCGAUUCGAGGAGCCUGAGGACCCUUCCUCGGUUACGGGGGUUCAGCAGGCGACACAGCAUGGAUCGCUCUGUAUUCCAGUUGCUGGAAAGCGAGAUACAGCUGUACCUUCUAAUACGGCCGAAGAUUGUCUUUUCAUAGAUGUCUAUGCCCCCACGGAAGCAGUCACUUCAAAGGCUUCCUUGCCAGUUUAUUUCUUUAUUCAAGGGGGUGGCUUUUCUGCCCUGUCGAAUCCAAACUAUAACGGAUCCGGUCUAAUUCAAGCGUCCGGAAAUAACAUUGUUGUGGUCACCUUCAACUAUCGCGUUGGGCCAUAUGGAUUCCUGGCUUCUGACGAAGUGGUGCAGGGUGCCAGUCUGAAUAAUGGAUUGAAAGAUCAACUCAAGGCACUUGAAUGGGUGCAAAAACACAUCAGCAAGUUUGGGGGAGAUCCAGAACAUGUUGUUAUCGGUGGUGACAGUGCCGGCGGCGCAUCGGUCACUUUCUUGCUCUCUGCCUAUGGUGGACGAGAUGAUGGACUAUUCAUUGGAGCCGCCGCCGAAUCUCAGAGCUUCGGAACUGUGCUGAACGUGUCCGAGAGUCAGGUUGCGUAUAACAGACUGGCAGCCCGAACAGGCUGCAACAGUACUGAAAAUACACUGGCAUGUCUUCGCGACCUUGACGUUAGUACUCUACAGAGCGAAAACAUCGUCACGCCUCUACCAGGUGCCACAGGAAAUCCAUUAUACCUAUAUAGCCCGACAAUCGACGGAGAUCUAGUCCAAGACUACACAUACGCACUCUUCGAGCAAGGACGAUUUAUCAAGGUCCCCGUGAUAUUCGGCGACGACACAAAUGAAGGCACAAUUUUCGUUCCCGUCGGAACUUCGAGCGUUGCCCAAGCAGACACAUUUAUUAAAAACCAAUUCCCUGCCAUGACAAAGGAGCAAAUGGCCAAGGUCAACAGCUUGUAUCUCAACAAGAACCAGACACAGAACUUCCCUAAUGCCGGUGCUUAUUGGCGACCUGGCAGCAAUGCAUAUGGCGAGCUCCGUUACAUCUGUCCAGGAAUCCACAUGUCCUCCAUAUACUCCGCUGCAGGUGUUCCAACUUGGAAUUAUCACUACGCCGUUGUGGAUCCCGAAAGUACCGCCUCGGGAUUCGGGACAUCCCACACAGUUGAAGUGAAUGCCAUCUGGGGUCCGGACUAUGUCAGCACGAAUCCACCAGACUCGUAUUACACUAGCAAUGCAGCUAUUGUUCCUGUCAUGCAGGGUUACUGGACAAGUUUUAUUCGGUCUUUGAAUCCGAAUACCCACCGGGACUCCUCUAGUCCUACAUGGCGCAACUGGGGAGAGGGAAGUGAUGCUUAUAAGCGCAUUUUUCUGCGAACAAAUCAGACAAAAAUGGAGACCGUGCCGGCAAAACAGCAGGAGCGUUGUAAUUAUCUGAUUAGCAUUGGGGUCGAGUUGGGACAGUAG